CGUAGGCAACCGCAGCCUAACCUCCUCUUAGCCACACACAUCCCUCAAACAUCUGCUGUGUCGUGGCGAAGGCAGAGAGCAUUACCAGCUAACGGGAAUUUUUACACGAAGGAGCCUCGAACACUGCGGAGAAGUAGUUUUUUUUUGUUUUUUGGGGGAUUGUGGCACCGCUCGGGCGUAGUGCCGUGCCGUGCUGUGCCUCGCAGACGUUCCCGUGCCGGAGUCACCGUCUCCUCUCUGCUGAACCAAAGACCGCGGGCGAAGAGUUUGAUGGGGAUUUGGUCGAAUGACAGCGGGAACUGUUGUCAUAACUGGAGGAAUCCUCGCAGCAGUGAUCCUGCUGUGUAUCAUCGUGGUGCUGUGUUACUGUCGACUCCAGUAUUACUGCUGUAAGAAGGAUGGGUCGGAUCCCGACUCCACUUCCUGCUCUCAGACCCAGUUGGCCCGCGAUGCCAGCAGUCUUCCCCGGGUGGACGGUGCCGGAGUUGCCCCGCUGCCUCUGUCACCCAGAUCUGCCCCGGCUGGUGCCUUCUGCCCCGUCUGUUCGCCCUAUGGUUCCUCGCUCUACAUCCGCACUCCGGGUGAGGCGUGCAAUGGGGCCAUGCGCAUCGCGUACACGCCCGCCCACCACGACAGCUUGUCCCUGUCCCUCACGCUGCCCUCCACACACGGCGCCCUGCCGAACUCGCACACCCUGCCGGACUUCUACUCCAGCACACGCGCCAUCAGCACUGAGGUCUGAUCAGCGCCGUACGCGUUAAUGCCCCUCCCCCAAGCCCCACGGCCAAUAACAUGCCCUUUCUGAGCCUGACCACUGUAGCACAAAGUACUCUGGGUACUAGGGGAUCAGAGACACUUUGUAGGAAGCAUGAGGGCCAAGGUGUUGAUGAUCACUAAGUUAUUAUCUGCUUCCUGUUGGAUCCAGGAGAAUCCAAUCCUUUUACAUGUUUGCUGUUGCUGAAGCCUCUGGUCUGUCUGAGUCUGGCUAACACUUGGGUGAAAGUUCCUGAUUCCCCCGGAAGGCCCUGCCACUGUUUGAUCGGAACAGGUCAUCCUAAAUUCAGGCUUCCUGUCUUUACUUUAUGAGGGCUAUCUAACAUGAAGUGUCAUCUGCUGCUAGUAGAAUUUUCUAUGUUUGCAUCAAUACAAAAUUAAAUUAAAUAUGUAUUCAGCAUUAACAGAACCUGUUAAAUAUGACAAAAUGGUAACUAAAAGAGUGAACAUUAAGAGGAAACAUUCUUAGUUUUACUGAAUAACAGCAACGGACGAUUUCCAGAGCUUUCUCUAUGCAAAACCUGUGUGCAUAAACAAUGAGACAAGCCAGUAUAGGGACGCAAAGCCUCAAAGCAUUGAUUCAUCUUCAUUUUACAAAUUGUGUUCAUCAAACAACAAGAUCACAAAGAAAGAAAAAGUGAGUGAGGUUAUAUAAAAGAUUAAUAUCUGUGUUUUUUAAAUAAGGUGAAAGCCGUUCAUCCUCUAAAGGUUCUAAAGCAAUCUCCAGCAGGGGGCAUGCUGAAUUCACCUUCACAACACUGUUUGGGAUUCUGACUCUAAAUUUAGAGUGUUGUUUUUUCAAAGUCUGUUAUUAUUUACAUCAAAUUUUAAAUGAACUUAAGAUACACACUACAUAUCAUUAUGAUCCACAAUGGGAGGUUUUUCCAGGUUUCGUCCCUGAUUUUUAACAAUGACAAAUAAUUAGUGUUUUUUUUUUGUGUGUGUACAAAUGAUUGGGUCUAGCCAAAGAUUUCACAGUAGGGGGUAAAUGUGUGUGUGGGGGGGGUAUCUCUGGGUAUGAUCAUUUACUGAUAUAUAGUCUGCUCUAUUCCUUCAUUUAGGUUUGUAUAUAUUUACAAAACUGUCUAGCAAACAAUGCAUCAGUUAAGUAACUUGUUCUUAGAAAAUAUAACUUAUUUCAAGAUCCUAUUGUUGUUACAUUUUUCAUGUUAUAUUACACAUGAUUUGCUUGGAAAAUUUGUUAUACAGGGAAAUAUUUUGUAAGAUCAACCCUUUCACAUUCUAAAGUAAAACACAUCUGAAUCCUGCAGGAAAUGUUGUUUAUCAUGUGAAAAGAAUAAAAUAGGAGUAAACCUUUGAAAGGUAGAGUGAAACAGCAAAGCAAAAAUAAAUACAUGAAUAAAAUAACAAUCAUUAAAAUGUUAGAAAACUUCUCUGAUAUCCAAUGUAUUUCUAACCUUACAAACUUUUUUUAUUUGAUCGUCUUUAGAGCUCAAAUUCAGUAUCAUUUGGACUCUCUGUAUAAUGGUAGAAUUUGCCACAA